AUGGCUGAGUUGUACGAGGGCCUCGAGAAGGUGCCCACCUACUACGACAGGCGGACUUGUACUUCUUUAGAGGACUGGAAGGAAGCCGUGCGGACUUCCCGCGCCGUCUAUGUAGGCAAUUUGAACUACUUCACAACGGAGGAGGAGCUGUACGAGCUUGUCAGUCAUGCGGGUUCAGUAGACCGCAUUGUUAUGGGUCUCAACCGCCUUACAAAGGCCCCUUGCGGCUUUGCCUUCGUCGUCUUUCGUUCACCUGAGGAGGCGAAAGUGGCUGUGCAAAUCCUCUCAGGCGCACAGUGCGAUGGCCGCGUUAUUCGAGUAGACCCCGACAGCGGCAGAGAUAUUGACGGGGACAGAAAAUACGGAAGAGGCACAAGCGGGCGCCAAUGGAGAGAUGAAUGGCGCGAUUUCUAUGACCCUGGCCGUGGCGGCCAGGGAGGAGAACACGGAAAAAGGGCCCGAGAAGAACUUGAAGCCUCUUUAAUGGCUGCGGCGAUGCCCCCAGUAGACCCAAGGGGCCCUUACUCUCGUAACGUACGCCAUAGAUGGGUACCAGGGGGGGCGCCCCCUGGGGGACCCUUUGGAGGGCCCCUGGGGGGACCCCCUGGGGCACCUCUGGGGGGGCCCCCAGGCGGGGGCAGAAGGGGGCAAGGACAGCCAUGGGGGCCCCCACCACCACCAGAAGACAGACGGCAUCAUACACACGAAAACCCAUUUGCGUAUAAUCGGAAGUUUGCCCGCGGACGACGCAAUUGA